UUUACAAGUUAAUUAUAUUCUUUUUAAUUUUUAAAUGCUGCGUAACUGCGUGAUCCGGGGAUUGGCUCGGAGUCGCCACCAGUCGAGGCACGCACACAACGCCAGCACCGAUAUCUACGAUGUGGUUGUCAUUGGCGGCGGACAUGCCGGCACUGAGGCCUCUGCAGCCGCGGCUCGGAUGGGUGCGCGCACGUUGCUGCUGACACACAAGCUGGAGACCAUUGGCGAGAUGUCCUGCAAUCCCUCGUUUGGCGGCAUAGGAAAGGGCCACUUGAUGCGAGAGGUGGAUGCCCUGGACGGAGUCUGUGGGCGUUGCUGCGAUGUGUCUGGAGUGCACUACAAAGUGCUCAACAAGCGACGCGGACCGGCAGUGUGGGGGCCGCGGGCACAGAUCGACCGGCAGCUGUACAAGAAAGCUGUUCAGAAGGAGCUGCAUAGCACGCCGAACCUGGAGAUCAGAGCGUCGGCUGUGGACAACAUCCUCAUAGAAGAUGAGCAGCAGCAGCACAAAAGACGUUGUGCUGGCGUUGUGUUGGCCAAUGGAGAAGUGGUUCACAGUCGAGCGGUUGUGCUCACAACCGGAACAUUCUUAAGGGCACACAUCAACAUUGGACUGGAGGUGAGACCGGCUGGUCGUAUGGGCGAUGCUCCAGCAAAAGCCUUGGGCGAGGCCAUAGACAGACUGGGCUUCCGCAUGGGACGCCUCAAGACAGGAACGCCGCCAAGGAUAGCCAAGAGCAGCGUCGACUACAGCCAACUGGAGAGGCACGACGGAGAUGAUCCACCGAUGCCAUUUUCAUUUCUCAACAACCAAGUGUGGCUACCAGCCAAGGAGCAGCUGCCGUGCCAUCUCACCUACACGACGCCGCUGGUCAACGACAUUGUGAGGAAUAAUCUCCACGUGAAUCGUCACGUAACCGAGGAGAUAACAGGGCCUCGCUAUUGCCCCUCCAUCGAGUCGAAGAUUCUACGCUUUGGCGCAAGAGUACAUCAAGUCUGGCUAGAGCCGGAGGGCCUGGAUAGCCCCUUGGUGUAUCCACAGGGAAUUUCCUGCACAUUGCCCCAUGAGCAGCAAGUGGAGCUGGUGCACGCCAUCAAGGGCCUGGAGCAUGCUGAGGUGGUGCAACCCGGUUACGGUGUGGAAUACGACUUCAUUGAUCCCCGCGAGCUGUUCCCCACGCUGGAGACAAAGCGGGUGCCUGGUCUCUUCUUUGCUGGCCAGAUAAACGGCACCACGGGCUACGAGGAGGCAGCUGCUCAGGGCAUCGUGGCUGGUGCGAAUGCAGCGGGCAAAACGCGCCACGCAGACGGAAGGCAGCUUACAAUUAGUCGAACUGAAGGCUACAUCGGUGUCCUCGUGGACGAUCUAACAUCUCUGGGCACCAAUGAGCCCUACCGCAUGUUCACCAGUCGGGCCGAGUUCCGACUGUCUCUGCGGCCUGACAACGCCGACAUGCGGCUUACCAGUAAAGGCUAUGAAUAUGGUCUGGUCUCGGAGCAUCGUUUCCGGCACUUCAAGCAAGCGGAGGAGAGACUACAGUCCGGAAUGGAGGCGUUAAGGAAACUCAGCAAACACAGCAAUUACUGGCGGCAGUCGCUGGACCUGCCCACGUCCAAAGCCUCUGUGGAAAAGACUGCCUUCGAGAUGCUUGCCAUACCAGCCGACAACAUCACGGUGGAUAAGCUCAUCAAUCUGUUCCCAACGGAGCUGACUUGGAUGCGCGACGACACCAACCUCGCCGAGAGGCUAAAGAUAGAGGCCCUGUACUCGUUCUUUGUUGAGGAACAACAACGGGACGUGGAGGAUGUGCGCCGGGAAGAGCGACUGGCCAUUCCCGCUGACAUUGACUACUUCUCCAAGGUGCUGAGUCUCUCGAACGAGGAGCGCCAGAAGCUGAGCCUCAUUCAGCCACAGACCAUCGCUGCUGCCAGUCGGAUCCAAGGUGUCACCCCGUCCACAAUCGUGCGGAUAAUGAAGUACGUGAAGAAGGCAGACGUUGCCAAGGCAUAGGAAAAUAUAAGCUAAUUGUUAGAUACAUAUGUAUGUACAUAAGUGUUAAUAAAUUUACAUAUAA